AUGCACUCAGAAUCUCGUGAAAUCAAACCUUUUACACUUGAAACGGCAGCCCAUAAAGUACGAGAGGUUAUCUGCAACCGUGCCCAUGGCGGUAAAGCCCAUGUUGUUGGAUUCUCUCUAGGCGGAUUCGUCGCUUUGGCCCUUGCCUCGCGUCACCCAGACACUGUUUUGUCUACAUUUGCAACUGGUGCAUACCCAUACCGGGGUCUGUUCAAAUGGGUCAUGGAAAGGCCAACGGCGAUGUGGAUCGUGGGUAAGCUACAGAGUAUUCCGGGCUUGACGGAAAGGGCUUUCAAGAAACAAGGAAUCGAUUACGAAGAAUGGAUGGUGGAACAAGAGAAGAACAAGUCCCCAGAGAGAGAUGAGGCAAUGAGAAGGGAGCUGAAUGAGUUCAGCAUGGAGGAUGUAAGGGUCGUUGGUGAUUCCGGAGUGAGAACUUGUGUCGUUGCAGGUGGCAAGAUGGAUCAAGUUGAAGCGAUAAAAGAAAUGGGAGUGGUAUUGAGAGAAGCUGGAAAAAAUAAGGGAGUUCAGAAUGAAGCGUUUGUGGUGAGGGAUGCCUAUCACCCGUGGCAUUUGCAAUUGCCAGAGCUGUUUGCGUCUGGUGUUGCUGCUUGGGUGGGAAACCAAGAGUUGCCAAAGGAAUUCGAGAGACUAUAA